GGAAAUAACACUCAAAGGAUACAUUUGCUUCAGCGUACACCAUCUUCCAGUAGGACCAAAGGGAAAAUAUCCCUGACAACUCCUCCUGAAGUAAUGCAGCAGGGCACAGGAGGAUGGCUCUCAGAAGAGGAUGUGUCAGAGCAGGCCUGUCAAGCCGGGGACUAUGAGAAGCUAGCUCAAGUUUGCAUCAUGAGUAAAAGACCUCAUCUUGCUUUAGAAUACAAUGGAAAGGCAACUAAAAUUCGACAGAAGGCUUUUGGCAAUGACCAUCCAAUUACUGCAAGGAGUCUGGAGCUCCUGGCCUCUGUCUAUGCAGAAAUUGGAAAGACAGAAUAUUCAGAUACAAUAGGACAGUACACCUCUGCUCUGUCGAAGACUUUCUCACCUGCCGAUUCAUUCAGUGAAGUUUUAAAUGGUGUGCCUUUAGCAAAGACAGAGGUCCGCCCAGAUGGGAAGAGACUGCAUAAAAAGGAUCUGCUGCUUUCCCCAACAAACAGUAAAGAGAAGCAGGUCACAACAUGUAAGUGUCUUACUUCUAUACUGAGGAAGAGGUCAAGCUUCAGCUGCUCUGAGAACGAGUUCAUGCACAGAAAGAAGUCAGACCGAAGAGUCCGGUUCAGGGAGCCUGAGAUCAUUGUACAUGACAUUCCUUACUAUGAUUGUUUACUAGGUUAUGACCAAUCGACCAAUAGAACACACUUUGCCCUGCUGGCUUGCAUCUUCGUUUUACUGUCUGUGCUGGGAGUCAUGCUGUACUGCACUGACAAGAGGAGACAUUUGAAAGUGUGCAAAGAAUUGGAGUCGAUGUUAAUUGUCUAUUUUCUUCAGAUGAAGCAAAUCCUCUGGGGUUGUUGGCUAUGGCUCACAAGGCAAUGACAGCAAGAUCGUGACAAAUUAAACGUAAGACUUUCCGUGCCACUUGUCUCUGGCUUUUCUCAUAAAGCCAGGCUUCGGGAAGCAAAAGGUUUGCUUAAAACAACUUAAUUUAUUUUUCAGGACAUUUUGAAAUUCUUCUGCUGUUUCAGAAAUCUGGUCCAAAAAAAAAAACAGCAUUUCUUAAUUUUCAUUUGUAUAAUACAAUGUGCAAAUGGUACUAGAAGCAUAAUGUGGUAAUCAUGGCAAUGUAAAUAUUUUUGUUGAAUUAUUUUGGUUUCUUUCGUUUUCCUUUUUUUAUCGUUUUAUGUUAGUUUUUUCCGGUGAGAAAGGCAUCCUCACUUGUUUUCUAGCAUUCAGUUACUGAUUGUCUUCAUCAACUGAGCAGAAGGACUUCAAGGUCAGUGGGUGCAGACUGCAGUAGAGAAGACUUUAGGUAGAAGGCUGAUCUGCUGUAUUUGCUCACCAACCAAUUUGAUGAAGUUGUGAACCUGGUGUCAAAGAUACCAACCCUUGUGUACUGAGGUCAUGAAUGAGCACCUGAGUGCUGAUUCUAUUAAACUCCAUAAAUCUUACCUGUUACAGACAUCCACGCACUAAAUAUCUAUUAUCAGUCCGUCUCAAGAGGUGUGAUUUUUAAAUAAACAUUUUUAUUUUACAUCUAGUGCUACACUAGGUUAAUGAAAUAUAUCUGUUACUUGUGUUGUGUGCAUACCUUGGUCAUUAGACCUGGAGAGUGAAAUUGUCUCUACUCCUUCAAUACUUUCCUUCCAGUCAUUAACCAACCAGUUUCUUCUGACAUGCUUUGACCCUGAGUUAAGGUGAUAUAACAUAGGUGAAGCUGAAACACUUUCAGGCAAGCAAACUGAUAAAUUUCUGUAACCUAGUGUACAGCUAUGGCCACAAGUUUUGCAUCACCUAGAAUGUUAGGAUUGAGACAUAACUUAAGAAAAACUAUACGAACAUAAUAAUCUGUUAUUUAAAAUCAUGUACCUGUUAUUAAAAAAAAACGUAUUUACUAUAACACGUUUCUUUCAAAACUGCACCUAUAGUGGAUGGCGAGAUAUAUGGAAUUACUUUUGUAAGCUACUACCACCAAACUGCAUAAGCUUGAGAGGCUUUUAUACUAUUAAACAGCCAAAUGUAAUUGCUUUGUUUGUCUUUGUAUGCUAUAAACAAAUACUGGAUUUGCAACUGCAUAAAAUUAUGAUUUAGAAGAAAAAAUGUCAGAAUAUAAGAUCUAGUCUGCUUCUGAGUUUCAGAUUCUGUUGAAAUUCAUUCUUACUAUUUGUAUUUUAAUUUUAAAUUG